CUACGAGCGGAGUAGAAGCCGGUAGUGCUAGUCUAGUCUACGAAGGAGAACUACCCGGUAGAAGUGCUAGUAGUACGAACGACACGUCUCUCUCAUUCUUCGAAGAAACUACUUCUACGAACAAAAGCCGACGCAGUACUGCAAAGCAAAACCAGCGGAUGCGAAGCAGUUUUUCCUUUUCGUCCAGACAGACCGCCCGCGCAGAAAGCACACCGUUGCCGCUUGCGUCCCCGCUGAGUGUGUACUUGAAGAAGAACCGGAUUAUUCAGAACAAAACCGCCCAGGACCUGGAAAUUCUUUUCCCGGAGCCGAAGGUGAUCCAGGCGAAAGUACUUCCCGCGCACGCGAGCAGCUUCAGCAUGCG